AUUUUAUUUGAUUCUCCAGAUUCAUUCAUUCACUUAUUCUUACUGAGUGCUCUCUCUCGAGAUCGAUCCAAUGGGAUUGAGAUAUGGCGGGAGAAAGCUCUCUUUCGAUAUUCUCAGCGACGAUGGUUUUGCUGACGAAGAAAUUCCAUUGUACAGAUCGAAUUCAGAUCCACUUGGUCAAAAUGGCACAGAUGGAGAUCUUCUCUCUCCCGGAGAUAAGCCGAAUCGUCGGAAGCGGAAGAACAAGGGCUGGAAAAAGAAGAAGAAGAUUUCGUCUUCCAUAGAGGAGGACCCGAUCACCGAUAAGGCUGUUGAUUCGGUGUUUGAUAAUCAGGAACCGUUUUACUAUGAUAAUGGUUCUUGUACGAAUGAAUUGGUAUCGGAAUUCCAGAGUUGCCUGAUCCAAACUGUUAUCUGUGAGGAGGUGACAGUCACGGAAGACAACGUUGCGACUGUUCGAACUGUGCAUCAGGUUUCAGAGCCUGAUUUUCAGGGCUUUCAUGGAGACCGGAAUCCGUUUGUGGAAUUGAGACAGAGGAACGUGACCGUGAAAGGGGGUGGUGGGUGUGAUAAGCCGGUAUUGCAGAGCGACGAGCCUGUGAAGGAGGAGAGCAGUGCAGGAACGAAUUCGUCAGCUCAAAAGAAUAAUGGAAGUGUAAUCCCCAAAUUAGAAACCGCGCAAUCGCUGGACUGGAAGCAAUUCAUGUCAGAAGAUCCGAAAAAUCUUUCUUGUGUGGAAAAGUCACCUGUGAAAUAUUUCUUGGAAGUAAUGAAUAGUGGAAAUUCUCUAAGGAACACAACAGUUAUAGGAAACGAGAAAGAACGGGAGAGAGUCUACGAUACUAUCUUCCACUUGCCAUGGAGAUGUGAACUGCUUAUUAAUGUUGGGUUCCUUGUCUGUUUCGACUCAUUUCUUUCAUUGCUAACUAUAAUGCCAGCAAGGGUUGUGACGACAUUCUGGAGAUUUCUCAAUACUAGGCAGUUCCGGAGACCAUGUGCAGCAGAGCUGUCUGAUUUUAGCUGUUUGAUUGUGAUGGCCUUUGGAGUCACCCUUUUACAGCGGACAGAUAUCAGCCUAAUAUAUCACAUGAUCCGUGGUCAAGGAGCUGUCAAACUCUAUGUGGUUUAUAAUGUGUUAGAAAUAUUUGACAAACUGUGUCAAAAUUUUGGUACGGACAUGCUCCAAACACUAUUCAGUUCAGCAGAGGGGCUUGCAAAUUGUUCGCCAGAAAAUAUGAGAUUUUGGCUCUGGAGAUUCAUCUGGGACCAAACAUUGGCUGUUGUUGCAUCUAUUGCCCACUCAUUCAUCUUAUUAGCUCAGUCUAUCACUUUAUCCACAUGUAUUGUUGCUCACAAUAAUGCCAUACUGGCUUUGCUGAUAUCAAAUAAUUUUGCGGAGAUCAAAAGCAAUGUAUUCAAACGUUUUAGCAAGGACAACAUUCACAGUCUGGCAUGCCAUGAUUCAGUGGAGAGGUUCCACAUUUCAGCGUUUCUUUUAUUUGUGCUUGCUCAGAAUAUUCUGGAGGCUGAAGGUCCUUGGUUUGGAACUUUUAUUUAUAAUGCUCUCCUUGUUUACAUAUGUGAAGUGAUAAUAGAUAUCAUUAAGCAUUCAUUUGUUGCAAAGUUCAAUGAGAUAAAGCCCAUUGCAUUCUCCGAGUUUCUGGAACAGCUUUGCAAGCAGACAUUAAAUAUUGGAUCCGAGGAUGGGAAGAAAAAUCUUAGUUUUGUCCCCUUGGCACCAGCAUGUGUGGUUAUCCGGGUUCUUACUCCAGUAUAUGCAGCUCACCUUCCCUAUGGUCCCCUUCCAUGGAAGAUGCUUUGGAUCUUCAUCUUGUCAGCCAUUACCUACGUAAUGUUGGCAAGCCUUAAGGUGAUGAUUGGCAUGGGCCUAAGAAAGCAUGCAAUUUGGUAUGUCAAGAGGUGCGAGAAAAGAAAACAUCAUCUUGAUUGAUUUAAAGAGGAUGAUAAAUAUGGCUAACCAUACACAGAUUACUUCAUGACCAUACACCAUAAGAACAUGACAGGACCUUUCAGUGCCAUUAAGGCACACGGAUCUGGAUCAUCUUUGUUGCUCGUACUAUAAACCAUCACUGGAUUGGUGAAGUGGAAACGAAUUCAUGGGUAGGAGCUGCUGCUGCUGCAGCGUGUUCAUGCUAUGGAAGCAUAUGCCAGAAUGUAUACUCGUAUCUUUUGUUCUCUC